AUGCAAAAAAGGCGCCAUGAACAAGCUCGACUGAAGCAUGAAUUGGAACGUCGACGACAAGAAGAUCUGCUGGACGAACUUCAGAGGAAGAAAGAGGCUUUGGUCGAGGCACGACGCAAGGAAGAGGCUAGUCAAAUGAAGCUGAAGAAAAUGGGCGUCUGUGUUCAAGGCUAUCGAUGGAUUCGUCAAAGCAGUGGAUACCGAUGUGCUGGCGGGAGUCACUGGGUCUCCGAUGCCCAGCUUGGAAACUCUUGA